AUGACGCAGGUUUACUACAGCCAAUAUUUGACUGUUGGACAGCCAGAUGAUGGGAAGCGGUACAUUUGCCGAGCCGUACCUCUUACUGGCGAUAGCACCUGUCCGGUGACACUGUUGCCGGAGUUAAGCGCGGGAAGUCAAGAAGAAGAGCUAAGAAACACGGUCAUGCAACUGCGAGAGACUAUACUUCAACAAAAAGAAACUAUUACCAAACAGGUCGGCACGAUAAACGAGUUAAACACCAAACUGUCGCUUUGUGGCACCGCGACAGAUGAGAGAAAGAACUCGAAAGGAGGAGCAUGGGGCAAAGAAAAGCAAAAUACUAUGGGGGAUGUUCCUAGAGAUCCAAAUGACACCAUAGAUAAUCUGGGGAAAACCAUGCAAGGACUCAAAGACAGGCUGGAAAACUUAGAGCAACAGCAGCAGCGGGCCAACAUUUCCGGAGCCUCUUUCCCUAGUGAACUGCGGGACCUGUUGCAGAGAAGACUUGGAGAGCUAGAGAAACAGCUGCUGAAAAAAGUGAGCAGUCUGGAGCAAGAGAAGAGCAUGUUAUCCAAUGCUACGGCUGCAUACAGACAGAAGACAGAAAGCACCCUUAACGCUCUGGUGGAGAGGAUCAGCGAGCUAGAGAAAGGAGGUGGUGAGUUCAAGUCCCCAGAACAGUUUAAGUUGUCCCUCCCCCAGCGCACCAACUACCUGUACGGACGCAUUACCAAAAGCCUUCCGGAGAUGUACGCUUUCACUCUGUGCAUGUGGAUCAAGUCCAGCGCCAGUCCGGGCAUUGGCACGCCCUUCUCCUACGGUGUACCCGGGCAGGCCAACGAGAUAGUGCUGAUCGAGUGGGGCAACAACCCCAUAGAGCUAUUGAUAAAUGACAAGGUUGCCCAGUUGCCCAUAGAGGUGAGGGAUGGAAGAUGGCACCACAUCUGUGUGUCCUGGACCACGCGGGAUGGUCAGUGGGACGCUUACCAGGACGGAGAGAAGCUCGGGAGCGGGGACAACCUGGCAGCCUGGCACCCCAUCAAACCUGGAGGAGUCAUCAUCCUGGGGCAAGAGCAGGAUGUGGUGGGGGGCCGGUUCGAUGCUGGACAGGCCUUCGUGGGGGAGCUGAGUCAGGUCAACAUCUGGGACCGCGUUCUCAAAUCAUCUGAGAUCCAGUCUAUGGCCAAUUGCAGCACCUACCUUCCUGGGAACAUCAUCUCGUGGCUGGCCAGUAAUGUGGAGGUGUUUGGGAGAGGGGCGUUCAAAAGACCUCUGGAGAUGUGUCAGGAGAGACUUCCCAAUGCUUAA